UAGCCAAAAGCUCUAUUCAGCUAAUUAACUCUGGCUGACUAUUUUAGAGAAGGGAGAGGGAGGGGACAACACCCCACGACCAGGCCUAUGAGCUGAGUUUUCUCAUCAACUUACCUUUGCUCCUUCUCUUUUUCUCUCACUCCCGCCAUGGACGACCAACGAGACACCUGCAAUUUCCAUUGGUUUUCCUUGUGAAAAAUGGUCCUCUCCCCUCUGAACCAGAAAUCGAGGCGGCCCAGGUACUCCUUCUUUCUCCGUUUCCGCCGCUUCAAUCCCCUAUCCGCCGAUGCCUCUCUUCUUCCCUUCUGGUCCCCAUCCUUUCUUCCUCCCCUUGUUCUUCCUUUUCCCUCCUCAUCCAUUAGAGGAGCUCUGCCCCUAGGCCCCUCUCCUGCUGGAUCAGUACAAUGCAGGUCCACAUCUCUCCUAGCAUGAGAACCAUCACGAUUUGUACCAGCAAUGGAUUGCUUGACCUCAUGAAGAUCAAGGUGGCCGCGCGUCACUUCUCUUACCGGACCCUUUUCCACACUAUGCUCAUCCUUGCCGUCCUCCUGCCGUUCGUCUUUAUUUUGACGGCCGUCGUUACGCUCGAAGGAGUCAACAAGUGCUCUUCUCUGGAUUGUUUAGGUAGACGAUGGGGACCAAAGUUUCUUGGGAGGUCAGAUGAUUCACUAAGGCUGGUUGGAGAUCUGCAUAAGCUCUUCAAUGAGGUGAAUCAUGAGGGAGUUCCUGAUGGUCUAAAAGUGCCAUCGUCGUUUGGUGAAUUUGUCGAUGAAAUAAAGAACAACCGGUAUGAUGCCAAGAUGGUUGCUGUCAAGAUAAAGGCGAUGGUGGAGUAUCUGGAGAAGGAGGUCAAAUUGGCGAAAUUGCAGGAGUCUGUUUACAAGCAUUAUGCAGCUACAGCUAUCCCUAAAACCAUGCAAUGUCUGUCUCUUCGCUUGACAGAUGAAUAUUCAUCCAAUGCUCAUGCUAGGAAGCAACUCCCAUCCCCUGAACUACUACCUUCCCUUUCUAACAACAACUACCAUCAUUUUGUUCUUGCCACGGAUAACAUCCUUGCAGCUUCUGUUGUUGUUUCAUCAACUGUUAAAGCAUCUACAAAGCCUGAAAACAUUGUCUUUCAUUUGAUUACUGACAAGAAAACCUAUGCCGCCAUGCAUUCAUGGUUUGCAUUGAACCCCCUUUCUCCAGCUAUAAUUGAAGUAAAAGGCACUCAUCAAUUUGACUGGUUGACUAGAGAAAAUAUACCAGUUCUUGAAGCAAUUGAAAGCCAUCAGGGGAUCAGAAAGUACUAUCAUGGCAGUCACACAGCUGAGACAAUUCUAAGUGACAACCCUAGGUUGCUUUCUUCAAAGUUGCAGGCCAGGAGCCCAAAAUAUAUAUUGAUGCUCAACCAUCUUCGUAUAUAUCUGCCAGAGCUCUUCCCGAAUCUUGACAAGAUAGUGUUCUUAGAUGAUGAUGUUGUGAUCCAGAGGGACCUGGCACCAUUAUGGGAUAUAGAUCUCAAAGGCAAGGUUUGUGGAGCUGUGGAAACUUGCAGGGGAGAGGACAGCUGGGUUAUGUCAAAGCGGUUCAAGAACUAUUUCAAUUUCUCCCAUCCCCUUAUUGCUGAAAAUUUGGAUCCAGAAGAGUGUGCAUGGGCAUAUGGGAUGAAUAUGUUCGACUUGCGAGCUUGGAGGAUGACAAAUAUCAGGGAUACAUAUCUUUAUUGGAUUAAGGAGAAUCUGAAAGCAAACUUAGCACUAUGGCGCUUUGGGACAUUGCCACCUGCACUCAUUGCUUUCAGCGGUCAUGUUCAUCCCAUUGAUCCUUCUUGGCACAUGCUUGGAUUGGGUUAUCAACAUGCAACAAGCCUUGAUGCUGUGAGGAGGGCUGCGGUUAUACACUACAAUGGUGAUUUCAAGCCAUGGUUAGGUAUAGGUUUCAAGGAGCUGCGGCCAUUUUGGACAAAGCAUGUCAACUUCUCUAAUGAUUUCAUUAGGAACUGCAAUAUUGUGGAACCAUAGUAGAUGCCAAGGAUUGGAUUUCUGCUUGGCUGGCCUGAAUUUUGUAGUGAAAUUGCAAUUUGUUGCCUGAGAUGUAUUCUUUCUGCGACAGAAAUUGAUGAUGUCAAGCUGGACGAAGCACCUCUCUACAAGUCACGCUUCCAUUAUUCACUGUGUGAAGAUUCUUUUAUUUGUAACAUAAUAUUGGAUGAUCUCCAAGACUACUUUAAGAGAAGAAAUUUCUUGUUUCUACGUCAGACCACCUAGCCAGGAACUUCAGGGCAUGAUGUUCAGACCAUGUUAGUACUGUACCUCCUAAGCAGCUAGUGGCAAAAAGCGUAGAGGUUCAGCAAUUCAGAUGUGGAGGCUUGGAAGACCUCUUGCAUUCGAGGCUUGGAAGAUCCUAUGCAUUCUCAUUUUCUUUACUAGAUCUGAUAUUUUUUUUUGUUGUAUUCAUCUGGUGAGGUUGGUUUCUUACAGAUCCCAUUGAUUGUUGUAGUUGUUAUUUAUUACUACACCUGAAGAGAUAUAAGCUAUGUGCAGCUGAUUCUUUUUUUGGCUUUUC